AUGCACGAUGACAACGAGAGGUUCCAACUCCACAGACUCAGUGUGGCCAAGACGCUGCCAGGAGAAGCUAACAAUAAUCCGCAGCAGGGAACCAGAGGCAGUGGCCGUGCAGGUGGUGAGGGCUCUGCCGGGGAAGAGGAUUCGCCACAGCUGCUCAGGACGCGCAGUGACGCCUCCUUCAUGAGGGUUCAGCGCAGGACGAAGACUCUCACCUCGGAAAACCUGCAGCGGCUGCGCACACACCGCUUUUCCAUCAACGGACACUUCUACAACCACAAGACAUCUGUUUUUACUCCGGCUUUUGGAUCCGUCACCAAUGUAAGAGUCAACAGCUUGAUGACCACAGUUCAAGUGCUGAACCUUCUGCUUCACAAGUUCAGGGUUGAGAACAAAUGUGAGGAUUUUGUUCUAUACAUGGUGCAUGAGUCUGGGGAAAAAACACGCUUUAAAGAUGGAGAAUAUCCUUUAGUGGCCCGAGUGCUUUAUGGACCCUGUGAAAAGAUUUCCAAGAUCUUUAUCAUGGAGGCCGACCUGGGAGAGGAAGUCACUUACGAUGUUGCUCAGUACAUAAAGUUUGAGAUUCCAGUUUUAGACAGUUUUGUGGAGAAGCUAAAAGAGGAGGAGGAGCGGGAAAUCAACAAACUGGCCAAAAAAUACAGUUCACUCAGAUCCAUGAUUCUGCAGCAGCUUGAAGACAAGACGCUGGACAGCGACAGAGUAUGA